AUGGUGGAGCAGCUCAUCCCCACCCCCAUCCCCAACCGGAAGUGCCUUAAUGUCCCGGAAGUGCUUGGAAGUGCUAUGACAUACCGGAAGAAGAAAGUUCUUAGUCAUCGCGGAGGCGCAUGGAGGGCACGGAGGCGCAUCGAGGGCUUGGACGCCAUACUGAGCCUUCGGGGCUUAUCCUGCCAGGAAAAUUCCUCCUAUUCCUCAGGCCCAGACGUGGGGGGAGCGGCCUCCAAAGACUGCCUAAUUCAGAGCACUUUGGGUUCCUUCUGUCUGGAACCCCCUCUGUGCCCCCCACCCACCCACCCCUUACGCUCUAUCCGAAAAAUGGCUUCUCAAGACGAUGCCUACAGCUUUAAAGCUAAUUCCAAAUGCAGUUCCUCUAAGUCUGUGAACUCUGAAUUAGCAGCCAAAGCUGAGAGUCAAAAUGGCGACAGUGAGCAACCAAACAAGGCUUGGAGAAAGCACGGUAGACGGCAAUACCAUGGCUCUUUGCUGACCUAUGGGUUAGCUAUUCAGAGCACCUUGGUAAAAUCAGUACCAAAAGGAAAGGAAGAGGCUGCCACUAGUACCAAACCGAGCACUAGAGAGCAUCCCAAUCCUGGUGAAAGACCAGCUAGUGCUGUCACCUCUGUUCUUCAGAAAAAGAAAAUGUCAGGGCCAGAGGUCAAGGAAAAGAUGGCGAUCAAUGCCAGCAGCUCUCAUGACAGCAAAAUGUUUCUAUAUCCUCAGGAGAAGUCCAGUGAGAAGCCACUUGGUGACUCCAGAGUAGUCACUUUUGAAAAAGGCUCUACAGCCUUAAAAUUUAUGGGCAAAAGUGACUCCCAUUCAGAAAUCCAAACGCAGAAUGAAAGGGGUGUAGUGAUUAAGCACCCCUCUUCAGAAAGAGGCUGCUCUAAUGGGAAUGGCAUUUCUAUAGUCCAAUUCUCUCAGGAGGGGCAAGGCUCACUGAGUCUCUCAAAAAUUUCAGAGCCUUCAUCCUUCCCCACUGACGAUGCCAUGUCCCAGUCUCCUUGGUACAGUGGUCCUUUACAUAACUAUGCCAGCUACUGGCCCAGCAGUCCAGAGCCUUCUCACUAUCCCUCCCUGGGCAGCAGCAGCAAUAAUACAUCCCGGGCUGGGCAGAGCAGCUGGAGCUUCUUAGGAAAUCCUGCCUCCAGCCCUACAGUGUGCUUCCCAAACUGGUCCAGCAACCUGAUGGAAGCAGGGGAAGAUUACCCCCAUGAUUCUUACUCAUUUCAUUACUCCAGAAGUUCAGAAGCCAUGGUGAGGGAGAAAGGAAUAUUCCAAGAGCAGGCACUAUGUUCUGGGGAAAGAUACGUAUCUAGUUCCCUGGCAAGAAGUUACUGGGAGCAGAGCCUAAUGGACGGUUUCAUUGAUACCCAUUGUCACUUGGAUAUGCUGUAUUCCAAGUUGUCUUUCAAAGGGACCUUUGCCAAGUUCCGAAAAAUAUAUAGCCAUUCCUUCCCUAAGGGAUUCCAGGGCUGCAUCUCUAAUUUCUGUGAUCCUCGCACCAUCAAGGAUGGCCCAUGGGAGAUGCUGUUGAAUGAGGAUCUGGUUUGGGGAGCCUUUGGCUGUCACCCCCAUUUUGCACGUUACUACAAUGAUUAUCUAGAGAGAAAUAUUUUGCAAAGCUUACGGCAUCCCAAGGCUGUAGCUUUUGGGGAAAUGGGCUUGGACUACUCUUACAAGUGCACAACACCUAUCCCGCAGCAGCACAGGGUCUUCGAGAGGCAGCUGCAGCUGGCUGUGUCUCUCAGAAAGCCUCUGGUGAUCCACUGCCGAGAUGCUGACCACGAUCUGCUGACCAUCAUGAAAAAGUGCGUGCCUCGGGACUACAAGGUCCAUAGGCACUGCUUCACUAGCAGCUACUCAGUCAUCGAGCCCCUGUUGGAAUACUUCCCCAACAUGUCUGUGGGCUUCACAGCAGUCCUGACUUACCCUUCUGCCUGGCAAGCCCGGGAUGCUCUGAAAAGGAUCCCCUUGCACAGAAUUGUCGUGGAAACAGAUGCACCCUACUUCCUUCCUCGUGGGGUUCCCAAAGGCCUUUGCCACUGCUCCCAUCCAGGCAUGGCCCUGCGUACAAUUCAAGAGAUGGCCAAAAUCAAAGAGGAGCCACUCUACUACACCUUAGCCACCUUGCGGCAGAAUACCGCUCGCCUCUACAGUCUGUAA